CCCCUAUUAUUUAAGCCCACAAUUCCACCCUCAAAACGAACCAAAACCCUCUCCACUUUUCUUCUUCACACUCUUUUUUCUCACAAGCAUUUCACCAAACACUUUCCCUCCUUUCCUCUACUUUCCCUCGCUAACAUGACACGAGCGCUAAGAAUCCUCACCGAAAACAUCAACGCCGCAGUAACAGCUCCGCCGCCGGAGGCCGUGGCGUUGGAGUCAGACUUCGUUGUGAUUCUCGCAGCCUUGCUCUGUGCCUUGAUAUGCGUUGUCGGACUCAUCGCCGUAGCCCGAUGCGCGUGGCUCCGACGAGACUCCGGCACCGGAAACUCACCUCAGCAAGCUUUAGCCAACAAGGGACUAAAGAAGAAGGUUCUUCAAUCGCUUCCGAAGUUCGCUUACGUCGAUAGCAACCCUACGAAAUGGCUGGCAACAACGGAAUGCGCGAUUUGUCUCUCUGAUUUCGCCGCCGGCGACGAGAUCCGUGUACUACCGCAGUGUGGACACGGAUUUCACGUUGCUUGCAUAGACACAUGGCUUGGGUCCCACUCUUCUUGCCCUUCAUGUAGACAGAUUCUGGCGGUGACAAGGUGUCAGAAGUGUGGCCGGUUUCCGGCGACCGGAGCUGAAGCUACCGCCGUAAACGUCAGUGAACUAGAAUCGAAAUCUGCAGAAGGUAGCAAUGUUGGUGCAAAUAGUAAUAAUAACUGUAACGGGGGUGUUAGUAGCAGUAGUAGUAAUAAUUCUGGAAAUCACAGCCACAGUGUAAACAGUGGGUUCUUGCCUUAAAGAACACUAAACUUCUAGGGGUAUUUUUGUAUUUAUGUAGUUUAGGUUUUUAAAUUUGUACUUUUUUUUUUUUAUCUUAUCCCUUCAAGUUGAUCAAAAGAGAUCUGAAUUUGGGCAAUUUUUUUUUACUUUGUAGUAAUGUGCUCUUUCUCGUUGUGUACA